AUGUCUCAAUCACUCCGGCCAUACCUGCAAUGGUCUGUAACAACUCUACACAACCCUAUAACAUCUGGAGAUGACUGGCUGACCCUCUGCUUCUAUAGUGUGCGCUCGUCGCUUACCGCAGCCUUGGCAAUCUCCAACUUUGCUUCUCAAACAUCCGAGCGUCAUAAUGUCCCCGAAAUCGAAGCGCAGACAUCCCCCGAGCUGAUUCUGAACCCCUUGACGAUAUCUCGCAACGCGGAUGAGCGGGUUCUAAUUGAGCCCUCGGUCAACAGUGUCCGAGUCUCGAUCCGAAUCAAGCAGGCGGAUGAGAUUGAGCACAUCCUGGUCCACAAGUUCACCCGUUUCCUUCAACAGCGCGCGGAGUCCUUCUUCAUCCUCCGCCGAAAGCCUAUUAAGCUUGCUGGAACUAUCGCUAACGAUCUCGCUCAGGGCUAUGAUAUAUCCUUCCUGAUUACCAACGUGCAUGUCGAAGCGAUGUUGAAGCACAAAUUGGUAGACUUUAUCAUUCAAUUCAUGGAGGAAGUUGACAAGGAGAUAUCCGAGAUGAAGUUGUUUUUGAAUGCUCGCGCUCGCUUUGUUGCUGAAUCUUUCUUGACUCCGUUUGAUUAA